AUGGACGACUUCGAGUACUAUUUCCUCCCAACUGAGGAGGAGUCGGAGCAGGUGAAGGGAGCCAAACUGGAGCUGCACAAAGUGCUGAAGAGAAACAGAGAAAGGCACAGCAGGGUAAACAAGCCGAUGAGGGCGUCGUCCAAUGAGAUAUCGCUCCUUGGGGGGAAGGAGGAUGCGUCGAAGGGGAAGAUGGAAGCAUCUCCCCCUUGGACCGAUGGGGAGAAGGCCCACUGGAGAGGCAUGCACCCCUCGACGGGAAGCGAAGGGCAUUCCUCCAAAAGGAGGACCAGCCACAAAGAAGACACGAGGUUCAAAACGGGGGGAGAGGAACAACUUCCCAGUGAAGGUCGCCCAGUGUGUUAUAACUUAAAUGAAAAUCAUCACGACAGUGAGGUGAAUGCAGAGAGGCGAAUUCAACCUGGUCACAGUUUAGGGGAAGCGACACUGGGGGGAGAUCGACAAGGUAAAAGAAGACUCAAUGAAGAUAAUAUUGGCCGCCAUGGGAAGAAGCUGAAGGGAGGGGUAGCAAUGACAAGGGAAAUAUCCAUCGAGUUGAGCAGCACUGGAGGGAAAAUCUCCACUGUGGGUAACGAUGACCAUAAAACAGACACGGCAAUGAAGUGGAGCGCGACGGGAGGGAGUGCCCAAAGCCGAAGCAACAGUUACAGGGGUACCUCCGAGGGGAACGACCAGUCAGAUUCGCUGUCCUCGGGGAGGUCCUCCUCCACGGAUUAUCUCUCUCAUGAUAAGGGGGAUAAAAAGGGGAAGAUGAAAGUGGAGAGGCACCCCCGCGGGGGGAAGGGCGAAAAGUCGGCCAGGCCGGCCAGGUCGGUCAGAUCGGCGCUGGGGAUGGCCUCUACAACUGCCACCGCUGCCACCGCCGCUAUGACCGCCCCUACGACGACCACUUCUGCUGUGGGUAGGGAAGGAAAAACGUCUGACGGUAGCAGACCCCGCCGCAUACCAGAGGAGCCAAAGCGGGAAAGGAAAAAGUACAGCGGGGUUAUGAUGCUGCACAAGUUUAAAAUAAACUACCAAAGCCUGACGGAGUCGGAGAAAAAGUAUUACCUCUACAUGAUGAAGAAGCUGCGUGUGCGUUACGAUCACGAGAGGCAAAUCUUUUACACAGACGAUACAUUUACGAAGUGUUUUACAGAGAGGGUUCGCCAAGAAAAGGGGAAAUUCAAUUAUCUAGGUUACUUAGAAUAUGCCUGCUUCUACAUCCUUGAAUGGUUAACCCCAACGAGGGAAGAAAAACUGUUAAAGCAGAAGUCGCUGAUCAAAUUGGAAGUGGCGGUGAAGUCGGUCUUUCCGAAGGCUACGAUGCAACCGUUUGGAUCGUUCGUCACAGGAUUGUCCAUCCCGGGCAGUGACCUCGACGUGUGUUUUCUUGACAUCCCCCUGGAAGACCUGGAUGCCUUGCUAAUCAUUUCGUACGCCUUAGUCAAACUAGAUGUCGUGGCAGACAUACGAUUAAUUAAAGAUGCAAGGGUUAAGAUUCUAAAAUACACAGACAAAGAAACAGGGGUUCAGGUGGAUGUAUGUACAAAUCAGCUCUCCUCAAGACAGACAACAGAUUUUAUAAAAAAUAAAGUGGAAAAAUAUCUCUAUUUGAGACCACUCGUCAUUCUGUUAAAGUUUUUUCUGAACACAAGAAAUCUAAACGAAACCUAUAUAGGUGGGAUUGGUUCUUUCCUUCUGUGUUGCAUGGUUUUGCAUUUUCUACAACUGCACCCUUCUACCUUCAACUGGACUGUCUUUAGCAACUGCUAUUUGGUGAAGUUAUUACUCGAGUUUUUUAGCUUCUACAGCAUUGACUAUAAUGUCGAUUUCAACUGCUCCGUUUUGCGAGGUCUGGGUCAUGUGAUGCCAAGAUAUAUGCGAAGAGAAUUUGAGCGGAACAAUCGGCUCUGCUUUGAAAACCCAAUUGAUACUUCAGUGGAUAUUGGGAAGAAUGCGUACAAAAUUAGGUAUGUGUUUUAUCUGUUUAGUCACCAGUUCUGCGCGCUGGCGAGCUUGAUUGGGGCGUUGCGUGGCCAAGCAGGGGAGGCCCUCUUAUCUGUGAGUAGUCACUGCGAGGCGGGAGGCGCAACGGGGGGCAAAGCGGGGGGCAAAGCGGGAGACACAGGGGGAGCUCGACUGGACCGCUACGCCGAGGGCGACAAACUAAACGCGGCCGGCUCCAUGUUCCCCCUCUUCUUCGCCAACUUCUUCAACCCGGACAGCAUCGUCUUCACGAAGCGACUCAAGGCGGAGUUCCCAAACCCGCAGUGGAACAUCAGCCACUUCAACUUCUCCGUCACCACGGAGGAGAAACACAAGCUGCUGGAAAUGCUGCGGGACGACUGGGCCUCCUACUUCGACCGGGGCCUUCCCCCCGACAGCGCAGCCCUCUUCGCCGCCUUCGACAGGACCUUCCCCUUCUCCCUGGACCUGUACAACAACGCGUUUAGGUACGCCCAGUGA